UCAUGAUAUGAAAAAUCCCGCGUCCAUUCGCACCGGUUUCAUCACGCUGCGGAGGCAAGUGGAGGGAAGACAGAGAGACCAAGAUGCAAAUCUUCGUCAAAACCCUAACAGGGAAGACCAUAACUCUCGAGGUCGAGAGCAGCGACACUAUCGACAAUGUUAAGGCUAAGAUUCAAGACAAGGAAGGCAUCCCACCGGAUCAGCAGCGUUUGAUUUUUGCUGGAAAGCAGCUUGAAGAUGGUAGAAUUUUAGCUGAUUACAACAUUCAGAAGGAAUCCACGCUUCAUCUUGUACUGAGGCUUCGUGGCGGUAUCAUAGAGCCUUCUUUGAUGGCUCUGGCUCGCAAAUACAAUCAAGACAAGAUGAUCUGCCGCAAAUGCUAUGCUCGUCUGCACCCCAGAGCUGUCAACUGCCGGAAGAAGAAGUGUGGCCACAGUAAUCAGUUGAGGCCAAAGAAGAAGAUCAAGUAAAUAGCUGGUAUAGUUUGUCAGAUGAACUAUAAUUAUGAUUCUUGGACACAGGACCGGUUUUGGAUCGCAUCAAUUGUACUGAUUAUUUUAUGGCCUUAUCCAGCGUUGAUGGUUUUGGACUUGAUGUUUCUGUUUUUAAUUAUAUUGUGUCCAUAAAACUAUAAUGAUUUAUCAGUAUCUUUAUUUUAGUUUGCAGUUCGUUAUGCUCGUAUGUGUAGGUUCUUUUCAAAGUAUUUCUGUGAUUUGGUUUUCAAGUGGAACAUUUGAGCUGGUUAUAGCCGCCCAACCUACAUUUCAAAAUUGCAUUAUUUAUUAUGAUUAUAUUAUUUAUUAA